GCCAAAAUGGCGACCAAAACUUCAAAAAGUAGUAGACUGUUACAAAAACACAAACAUUCCCUCGCUAAAGAUGUUGACAUUAAUCAAAUAGUGACCAAACUCACGCAGAGAGGUGCGCUGAAUAAAAAAGAGGAAGAAGUUAUUUUUGAGUGCGCCGAUCAGAAAAAGAAGGCCGAUAUAUUUGUUGACAUUUUGAACGAGAAAGGAUCUAGGAGUUUUAAUGAGUUUUGUGCAGUUUUGGAGGACUUUUGUCCGCAUUUAUUAACCAAAUUUCUGUUGGAUUCUGGUGCAGACUCCGAUUCAGAAAAGAAACCAACGCAAGCCCUUCAGCUUGGUUUCGAGCUUGCGUUGAAGGAGCGAGAUGCUGUUUUGCGUGAAAAUGCACGCGCUAUUGAGGACAGGGACCGUGCAGUACAGAGGGCAAAACAGUUAUUGUCGGAGCGUGACCGGGCACUUGCGAGUCUUGAAAAUCUGGCAGCCAAACAAAACACGCCUCAGAUUGAGCGUAGGGCUUCCUCCCCCAUAAGAAGAAAUAAGGAAAAGAUAAAAGCUGUGGAUAGCGAUUUGGAGACUGAAGUAGAAGAGGGCCGAGAACGACACAGAAGAAUUAAGAGCUCAGACAAUGUUGUGUGGGAGACUCACAAAGUUGGGCUAACCAGGGUUCCAGGCUUUGGGUUUGGCAUUGCAGUUAGUGGGGGAAGAGACAACCCACACUUCGCCAAUGGUGACCCCUCCAUCGCUAUAUCUGAUGUGCUCAAAGCUGGGCCUGCGGAGGGAAGAUUACAGAUAAACGAUCGUGUUCUGAGCGUAAAUGGAGUUGCGUUAGAAAACGUUGACCACGCUACGGCCAUAGGAGUAUUGAAGGAGAGCGGGGGUACAGUAAACCUGGUCAUAAAAAGAAGAAUAGUGUUGCCUGCCUCCCUGGAAAAUGAAACUCCACCCUUGAAAAUAACUUUGGCCAAGAGGAACAGAAAAGAUGAGUACGGUCUGGUACUAGGGUGCAAGUAUUAUAUCAAAGAGAUUGUGCCCAACAGUCUAGCGGCACAGGAAGGUGGAUUAAAAGAAGGCGACACCGUAUUAAAGCUCAAUAACUCGCCCAUUGAAAGUCUGUCAUUGGUUGAGGCCCGCAAACUUCUUGAAAAGUCCAAAGAGAAAUUGCAGCUCAUCAUUACAAAGAAGAAAAAUGAUGAAUGGAGAAAGGAUGAUGGCUAUUCAACAAUGCAGAGCACUUUACCAAAACACAGUGGAGAUGUCAAUAUGUACAGACCUUCCAACCCAGAACAGGAUCCAUACAAGGCACAGUUUUCACCACAGGACAUUCCAGCCGGUGCAUAUCCGCCCAACAGUCCACAUUCCCGAUACGAUGGUCGAUAUAUUUACGACCAUGAGGCAGUACCACCAAGACCACCAUUGCCUACUGGAUUAGAAGAUAAGUCGCAACCUAGAUCUCCGAGCCCCAUGAAAGAUGGUUACUAUAGCGACAGAGAAGACCUCCGUCGGAAACAGUCAUACGGGAACUACGCGACAGUUAACGAUGAAGUGGAUGUAGGGCUUGGACGCAGACACCAUGAGGAGCGAUAUGUUGGAAAGAGAAAAGAUAUAAGGCCCGAGCCCCGAUUAGCCACAUUCAGAAAAGACAAAGAAGUAGGAUUAGGGUUGAGGCUCGCUGGAGGGAAUUCCACGGGGAUAUUUGUAGCAUCGGUUCAGCCAGGAAGUGGUGCUGAAAGAGAGGGCCUCACUGAUGGGGAUCACAUUAUGAAGGCCAAUGACAAAGACAUUGUUGGACUUACCCGAGAGGAAGCAGUUACCUACCUUACCAGUCUAGAAGGCAUGGUGACGCUCUAUGUGCAGUACAAGAAAGAAGACUUUGACAGGAUCAUGUCAAGCCACGAAGCAGGGGAUUCCUUCUAUAUCCGAACCCACUUUAACUAUGAGCAGUUGGAGCCCGGAGAGUUGUCUUUUGUACAAGGGGAUAUUUUCCAUAUUAAAGACACACUGUUUCGAGGUGUGGUAGGCUCAUGGUUGGCUGUUAGGAUGGGUAGAAAUAACCAAGAAACUCAAAAAGGCAUUAUUCCAAACAAAAACAGAGCAGAGCAGUUGGCAAUAUCCAACCAAGGGACGUCGGAAGAGGAGAAAGAGAACUCCCCAUCCAAAGGCAGAGGCCUUCUGUUCAAGCGAAAAGCUGCCAGAAGGUCAAAAUCGCUGUCCAAAGACCACUGGGAGGAUGUUAUAUUCGCUGACCCCACGGCCCAUUUGCAGACCAAGUUUCCAGCAUAUGAAAGAGUGGUUCUUAAAGAUUGUGGGUUUGUACGUCCGGUUGUGAUAUUUGGACCUUUAGCAGAUGUUGCAAGGGAGAGAAUCCUGAAAGACAUGCCAGACAAAUUCCAGUCUCCACAGAGCGAACACCAUGCUGAUGAUGAGAGAAAAGGCAGGUCAGGAAUUAUUAGGCUUGGAUCCAUUAGAGAUGUCAUUAAUAGGAGAAAACACUGCUUGCUAGAUGUCACCCCACACAAUGUGGACAGGCUGAACUUUGCUGCGUUCUCACCCAUAGUGGUCUUCCUGAAGUCAGACUGUAAAACAACAGUUAAGGAAAUUAGGGCAAAGUGGGCCAAGGGGUCGAGCAAAAACCCAAAGAAAAUGUAUGAACAGAGCUUGAAGCUUGAAAAAUACUACCAGCAUUUGUUUACAGCCACGGUUACCCAUAAUUCAUCAGAGACAUGGUACAAAAAGUUGGUAGACAUGAUUGAGCUCCAACAACAGCAGCAAAUCUGGAUGUCUGAAAAAAAGCCGGAUGAAGAUAUCACUGACGAUUACUUGUUCCCAAUGUCCAGCCAUCGCUUUUCGUUUUCGGGAUCUCAGGGAACAACUGAUUCAGAUAUUACGCAUGCAUUGGAUGACAUGGAUAAAAAUCCUGUCAAUAGGAAACGAUUUCUAGUCAGAUCAUCAUCGGAUCCCAGCAUCAACACUACUGACCGGGUACCAGGUAUCCCUCCAUAUCCUGACCCACCAAGAUACACCAGAUCUCACAAGAUGUUAUAUGAUGGUAAUCAAAACUACCAAGACAUAGCAUACGAUGAUUCCUACACACAGCGAUCAGAGGACAGGUAUUACCCGUCAUACUAUGCGGAUGAUGUGGAUCGACGUUUUAAUCGAGCCAAUAUUGAUCCCUACGCAACCAUUACUCCUAGCGAGAGACUGAGAGGGCGAAUUCCGUCAGAUUCACAAUGGAAUAAUGGAUACAAUGAUCAACCACCAGCAUCUCCAAAUGAAGUGGAAUAUUCCCGUCCAUUGCCACGGCAACAAAGGCACCAGUCUCCUAGCAACCAGCAAGGUCAAAAUCUUGACCCUCCUUCCCCUGGUUACAGUCAGUUGCCAUCACAACAGAAUCAUCCCCCACUUCCACCACCACAUAAUAUGUACAGCGAUAACUCAUCAUAUUCAAGUGACUCAUUUAGCAAAUACACAUCAAAUCCAGCCAACAAGCAUGAUGAUUCCAAACUAAGGGAGAAAAUGGGUCAGGUGGGGUCCAAACCCAAGGGAAAUGACCCAUACAGAUUUACCAGAAGCACUGCCAAUAAAGUGAACACCAGCAAUGUGGAUAAAGGCAAACUCUCUGAUCUCUCGGCUAAGUUCAGGUUAGACACGGAUCGCUCUGGACAAAAACUUAGCAACUCCAGCCUAAACACCACAAGGACACCCCAAAAUACCAAUAGCAAUGCUCAAAACAUCUCAAAACACCAAACAAAUGAACCUGAUCUAGUUAUUGGGUCAACUGCUGGCCAAGUUCAAAUGACCUCACCUCAGGGUCAUCUGAGCCCAAGUCGAGGUCAUGAAGGUCAAAGUUCGAGAGUGAUGGGAAGAAAACAACCCCCUCCAGUGCCAGUGAAAACGUACAAAGGUCGAGAGAGCGAGCCGGAUGAACAAAAGUUGCGGAAUUUCGAAAAUGGAAAUUUAAGUGGUUAUAAAUAUCCCGCAGAAAACCCCUAUGGUAAAACCAGAGGUCAUCCAAAUGAUGUUAAUCGGUACCCUGUUUCUCCUGUGGACCAUUAUAAGGCAGAAGAUCCAUAUGAGUGGGUUGCACCAAGAAGGCAAAGUGCAGGGAACCAAAGAUCUGUUAAUAGAAACAGUAGAGGGGAGUUCCCAGAAUCCCCAGGAAAUGUGACCAAUCAAAACUCUCGAUCUUUUAUGAAUCAAAUAUACAUGGAUACUGCUGAAUUAAACAAAUAUAGACAGGAAAGAGAGCAACAACAGCAUCAGCAACAACAUCAAUCAAUUAAUUAUGGAAGCCCUGAAAACAGGUCAAGUCCCAAAAAAUAUCACCAAUCAAGAAACUACCAUGCUUUAAGUUCCAGGACAGACGAUGAGCUGCAAAAACUGAAACAAAGUGAUAAGACUCAUUCAAAAUCAUCUGAUCAUGUAGCGUCUGUUCAUCAAACACCAGACAUUUUAAAAGGGAACCAGACAGUUUCAAAAAGCACUGAAGUUGUUGAUCAGAAUCAUUCAAAUAAUCAUAAAAGGCAGGGUAGCCAUUUGGAAACUCAACACAAGAACCCUAACUUCUCAUCAUACAAAAAGCUUAUCACUGCUGGGUCAUAUCAAUCAUCAAAAGUGUCAUCAAAAUCACAGGAUGAGAUUAGAGAUCCCCGUGAACUUGAUAUUAACCAUAUGAGAGGAGGGUCUGGCAGCUCUCAGGCUGGAAGCGCAUUUGAAUCAUACAACAAAGCCAGUCCACUGUCAACGUUCGGGAAGAACGACUCUGGUGCACCUCGGUCACCGGGAAAACCAGGAGUCGACAUCAAGGCUAUGUCAAGGCUUGAAGACAACAGAUUGUCAACUGUUGAAGAAAGAUUUGAAAAAGUAUCCAAUCAGGAUGAAAAUGAAGAUCAUUUGAUUGUCAAUGGCCAAUCAGAACAGCAAGAUGAAUCAUGUGACAUUCCAGCACAUAUUUUGGACCAAUCGAAUGGAAUUCCAUCACAAUCAUGUGACACAUCUAAUCAAUCAGAUGUAAUUCUGAUAUCAUGUGACCAGGACAGCCAAUCAGAAUGCAGUAUUUCUACCCCUGAUACAGUAAUCUACGGAGGAGGGUUUGACUCAAACCAAGACGUUGAUGAAAAUCACACAGUGGUUGCCACAGCAAGGGGUCUGUUUAACAACCAAGGGGGUGUUCUAGAGUCCCCGGAAACUGGGGUCUCUAUCGUCAUCCCAUCUGGUGCGUUAAAUGGCGACCAGGAGCAGGAGAUAUACUUUAAAGUUUGCCGGGAUAACACCAUUCUGCCCCCAUUAGACAGAGAAAAGGGUGAAACACUUCUUUCACCACUAGUGAUGUGUGGACCACAUGGUUUGAAGUUUAACACCCCAGUGGAAUUAAGGCUCCCUCAUUGUGCCUCUGUGAAUCCUGACAGUUGGUCUUUCGCUCUGAAGUCAAGUGAUUCUCCAGCAGGACAACCAACACAUUGGCAAAAUAUGACAUUGGCUGAGCGCGAAGGCCACACACAAAGUCGUGUGGGUAAAAACAGUGUCUCAGUGCUAGUGGAUCACUUUUGAGCUGAUAUUCAAUUGUUUUAUCUGAAGCAAUAAUGUUUAAGUUGUUAAAUACUUUUGUACACUGGUUGCCAUCAAUUAUGGAUUUUUUAUACCAAAGUAAUUGAAGGAAAUCAUGUUGUAUGAGGAGACGGACAACUGAAGGAUCUCAAUGUAAUUGUGUUUUUUUAAGUUAAGAAAGGACUUGUGUAUGGAUGUUUUUGUGUUUUUUUCAAAAAUAAAAGUGAAGUGUAUUAACAAUUAAAGUGUGACACGGGAAAGGUUGUAUGUUUUAAUUUGGGCUUGACCUAAAAAAUCAAUUAGGUGCAUCAAACACAUAUACUGUAUAUAAUUAUUUCAUUACAUUUAGUAUAUAUUCAUGUACAUGUAUACUUUAUAUUUUAUAUAACAUAUCUUAAUAUUAACAUUUGUAGCUUUACCCUCAGAUAUAUAUUUAUCUUAGGAGUUAAUUUGUCUUUUCGCAUCAGAUUGCAUCUAAAAUAUCUUGGUUCCCCUAUAGCAUAAACAGUAUUGCACCUAUUUGAAACUGUAUAGGUAUGUUGGUCAGCAUUGGCUGUUGUGUACCUGCUGUGUCUGUCAAAUUGCAAUGUGACUGACAAGAGAUGUUGCCCUUGACUUGAAAAUGAUCUAAAAAACUUAAUGUUGUUUGCAAAACCAAACAAAUUGUACAUACGCUCAUGUAAUUUUAUAGCAAAUGUUGGUCAGCAGUGAUUUGAUGCACCAGUCAUUUCUUUCACUCAGUCUAUAAAAAGUUAUAUUCCUUGACAGCGAUAAGAUUUGUCUGAUAAAUACUGUGAUGCAUGUAGCACCAAAUGCAUUUCAACUACACUCAUGAAACUUCAUAUGAAUGUUGGUCAGUAUAAGUUGAUGUAUACCGGCCAUAUGUUUAUCAUUUAACUUUAUAAUUCCACAACCCAUUUUUAAACCAUUUCUGUGUUUAGGCGAUGUAUGGGUGUAUUCAUCACAACUGUGGUAGCUCUACUUUAGUUUGCCUUAAAAUGAAGGGGUCCAGUAUGUAAUUAUAAACAGGCAGCAUUUAAUUGGUUGGUAUAUGUUAGUAUUUUAUACAGAGUUGUUAAACUGUUCGAACCAAUGGGCAAAGGACAAAUACAUUAUAAUAUUUGGAAUUCCUUACUCCUUUUUAUAACAAUGUUUCAUUGUGUAAACCAAUGGACAAUGGACAGAGUCAUCCUAUUACAGUAAUUGAUAGUAUUUGCUCAUUAAUAUGAAGCUAUAUGACAUAUUUGUAAGGUGAAUAUUAUACAAGAUGUAUUUCAAUAUACGAUAUUAGAGUUUACAUUAGUUUGAUAUCGUUCGUGAGUUCUAUGUUCAGAUAUACAUAUUGUGUUGUAAUAAAAUGGGCUUUUAAUCAGUUAACUUUAUUACAACUGUGUUAUUACAUGAACCAUAUUUAGACAUUUGUUAGAUGGUGUUUGAAGUAAUAAACGGUACAGUGUUGUUUUGUAAUACAAUAAGCAAAACAUUAAAUGUUUGUUGGUCUGAACUAAAUGAGCUACAAGGAGUAUAUACAUGUUAAUAUGUAAUAAUACACUUAAGCCUCUCCUUGUACAUAUCAUAUUUUAUUUGAUACCGAUUUGGUUGUAUUUUGUUGUUUCAUAUGUUAAGUGGUUUUACAUAUUUUUGAUAUUUUAAUAAAAUAUAUACAUAGAAUAAAACACAGUUACAUGAUUGUCAUUAUUAUAUUAUGUUUGAUUUAGACUGUUAAAAUUGUUAUGAAUGUUGAUCUUAGAUAGUGAACAAAUUAUGUCAUUGUGAAAAAGAGUUAUCCAUUGGUGCAGUUAGAUAAACCAUGUAGUACCAAGUAGAUACUUUUAAUGUCAUUAAGAAUGAUACCAAGGUAUAGCCUUAAUGUACAAGCAAGCAAAUCAUGAAUUACUGUAAUGAAUUAUAGCUGUAUAUAAAGGACAAUUGUUUGUGUCAGUGUGAGAUGCUAAUAAAAGCUGGAAAUUUACUUAGAUAUUAGCAAAUAAAUAUAUCUUACAUUCGAAAUAACAUUAUCUUAAAUCAUGCUUUCAUUAUUGGGAAACAUGUAAAACAAAAUUAAACAAGGACUAUUUUGGUAUUUUAGUGUUAAACUUUACAAUAAAUAUAACAAUAAAAGUGAAGAAUGUACAGGUAUAUUUUAAAAGCGUUUUUGAACUAGGUUUUUAUUCGGUUUGUGUUUGUUUGUUGACAUAAAUGAAUGCAUUGUCUUUAAAACAUGUAUUUAACACACUAGUAAAUAAGACUGGAUGUAUUUUUAAACCAAACUGAACAAACUAUUGUUAUCUUUUUAUUAAAUUUUAAUUAUAUAAUUAUCGAUUUAAUGCUUUAUAUCAACUUAUAAACGUACUAGAUGUUUUAUGUAAACAUGUUUUCAUAUAUAUAUAUAUUUGAAAAUUAUAUAUUUCAUAUAAACUUCUCAAAGAUUGAAAUAAAAAAUACAAUAAACUAA